AUGACGCUCACAGUUGACACAGUAGAAGACGUAAAUAUUCCGUCCGGUACAUUUUGGGACAAGACCUUGAAGCCUGAACUUCUCGACGUCGUGGAAGAGAAAGCACCCGAUCCACAAUUCAAACCCGACGACACAAGAAUAAUAGUAUCAACUUCAAAACGGUCUCAACGUGACUUCCACAAACGCUUCAGCGCACUUCAUAUUGAUUGGAAUCUUGUGGAAAAUAAACUGCAAUCUUGGAGCCAUCUGGGUAAUAAUCUCACCGUUGAAAUCUGGUUUAUUUACAAGGAAACUCAGCUCGACACCACCAAUAAAAGUGGAAUAACCGGCCGAGGAGCUACUAACAAACAGCUUGCCGCACGCGAUAAGCUCAUAGCUCAACAGGAAGCCUCUGGCGUGCGCCCUGUUUGGAAGGACGUCUACGAAAUAUUUGAGUGCUCUAGCGCCGUCUGCCCGAAUCGAGGAUUCUCUUGCUGGCGGAAGCCAGGCAAUAAGAAGCACUAUAAACUAGAUUCUAAUACCAUGGAAUAA